AUGUCUAGCACGCGCACGGCGGAUAGCCCCGGAAUCAUAGGAUGGGUUAGCCGCGUCGACGACAAGCUGAUUGACAGCUUGCUUUUUGUGCGCACGGACUCAGGGCACCAACGCCAGGCCGACGUGAAGCAGCUGCAGCCAGGCCGCAUUCCUUUGAAAGUCCCGCUCCAAUGCAGCCCACUCAAGCCUGUGACGGUCGAGGUCAAGCUGAUGCAGCCGAUUGCGAAGGCCCGCAUCGCCCUGCCCAGUGGCGAUCGGUCACACAAAUUCAUCGCCGAGUUGGAGCCGCUCACUGGAGGAAGGUCGCCUCCUGCAGCGAUUCACUUCAAGGUGAAGUCUUGCCACGAAGGUGCACAUCAACCGACGCCGAGCAGCCGAAGUGUCGAGCAGCUGCGACACCUGAUUGUCGCCCUCCUCCGGACCGUCCUGCGCGAGCGGCCAGCGGACCCGCUCGCCUCCCUGGCCUCGCACUUUCAGCAUGACCGUUCCGAUUGUGUCGGUCUUGCAGGUGAUACAGAAGGUGAGCCCUUUCCUGCAGGGCAAGCCCAGACACAGAUCGUUGUGGACAAGGUGAUAGGUGCCCCAAGUGAUGCAGUGCUUUCCAUAAUGGCCUGGAAAGCGCAAGUUCUGCUUCCGGUCGGAGCUAUUCCGGAGGGCGGGAUGAAGCUGCACUUUGCCGAGGGUCCGGCAGGCCUGAAUCCGUUCCGGAUGGAUUUGCUGAUGCCCCUUUGUGGUGAUGAAGUGGUCAUUCGAGGUAUGUCAGAUGCCCUGGCCCAGACGAGACAGCUGACUCUUCGUCAUGAGGAUGCAGAAGUGGUAGUCGUGAUAGAGCGCGGCAUUUCGAAGCUCCGAAACAGGGACGAGGCUGAGGUGGAGCAAUGUCGAGCCUCAGACUGCUGGCCACAGUGCCUUGCAUGGGACGAUCCAGUGCAUUUGACUGCAGCAGUAGAGUCUGCUCGAGAAUACUUGGCAAAGCACCGACUUGACAAGUUCUUGCUCGACAUGUUGACAGAGGCAAGUUCUCAGCCUCCGGCAGAUGUUUAUGCGUUUGCAGCUGCCCGACUUGCUGAAGCACAGGUGAGUCUUGCGGAGAACGGAAGCCGCCAAGGAAACUGUGCGUGCGUUGGCACGAAUGGAGGUGUGGAUCUCGAUUAUGCGCAGCUGAUGCACGCCCUGUCCACGAAUUCCGCAGAUGCCACAGGGAUUUCCCACAGUCACGAGGAGAUUCGGCCAUUGCCGGCUGGGCAGGAGAGCAUGGCCACAACUCAGAAAGAGGAGAUGCAACAACCACCCCAGAGUAAUGGUAGCCAUGCAACUGCGGCACAGGCGGACCAGAUAGAGGGAGAACACCAGAACGACCUGCCCGUUGAAGUCGCAGGCGACUUUGCACCAACGGAAUCAGAGCAGAUGGGCGCAGACCAGUGUAUCCAAGGCCUGUUCCUGCACGUCGAGGGGCCAGGCUUGGAAGUAGAGCAUCAAUCCCAACAAGCCAACGGAACGCUUGCAGCCGGCCAUGACACACACCCGUCACAGUCUGAACAGAUUGAAGCUGCAGCAGAGCUUCCGGGCAACCACAACCCAAGCGCCGAAUUCGAACCGGAGCAAAUAUUGGAGGUUAUGCAUGAAUUCGCCAAUGUCGGAGAAAUCCUUUGUGAAUCCGAUGCCAACCCCUCGCAACUUGUGCAAGUGCAAGGAUUUCCCCAAAGCCAAAGCUACACCAGCCUCCAUGCAUCCGGCGAGAACGAGCUGCCUGACCAAGCGCACAGCCACAUGCAUCAGCCAGGGCAAUCUGCACUCCAGGAGGCCUCGGAAACAUCACAUGAGAUACACGAAGGAGCAUUUCCGACUGAUGCACAUCCUGGGUGGCAGCAGUUGCAGCAACACUGGACCCCUGCGGCUUUGAGCCAGAAUGCUGAGCAGGAAGCAUCAGAAGCAUGGCAUGGGUCCAUGUUUGCGGACGAAAUGCUGCCGCCCCACGCUGAUACGGACCAGGGGCAGGAGGGGCACCGGAUUCAUGCAAACCUGCACGAGUUUGCUGAGCAAGACCUCAAUGGUCCUGUUCUGCCAGACCCAGAACAGCAGAUGCAGGUGCAAGCGCUUCAGGUGGCUGGCUUCUCUCAACAAGACAUAGUCCCUCAUGAUGGGGCCGAGGGGUCAUGGACAACGAUCCAACAGCCGUCCUUGCUGCCAACACAAGCUGCAAAUAGCCUCUCCGUCUUCGGCUGCACCCACUCGGACUCUGUUGGCCGUCAGCAGAAGGUACAGCUUACUCCGCGGCUGUCUGGUUUCAUGCCAGAGCUUGUGCCACAGUUUGCAGAUGCAGCUGCCUACAUCAGCACAGUCUGCGAACAUUUCGCCGGAGGAGUCAGCGCUGACCCCCCGCCUGACUUGCUGGAUACCGGUUCCAGGUCCAAAGUGACCUGCCUGCUGGCCAUGUUAACGACGACCAUCCAAAGGAUGGCCGUGCCAAGCUUGGAAGACUUGCUUGCCGCCGAGUUGGACAGGCAAGAAGAGCAAGAAGAGCUGGAGACAGAAUGCACGCAGCCUGCGCCCACCGAGACUCGAACGAACGAAUGCAACGCAAGCUUUCAGGAUGCUGUAGCACGAGGACGUGUAGAGGGUGGAAGCGUGCCUAGCUUUCGCCUCAGCGUGAGGUGGGAAAAGAAGGCCAGCUUCCAAGAAAGCGGAACAAGCGUGCCUUGCUUGACCACUGAGCACCACACAGGGGCGGCCGCUUCUCGCAAUUCGCUGGCACUUCUGAUGCAAAGUUCACUCCCCAGCAUUACGCAUUCGACAUGCCACAAGUGCUUCGCGGCAGCACAGCCCCAGAGCGUAGAACCCAGGCCCAGCAAGUUGGAUGCCACAAACGGUGACGGUGCUGGCACCGUCACUUCUGCUUCUAUCGCGCAGAGAUACGGGCGGCCACUGAGCUGCGGCCAUGACGAUGCAUCGACGCAUGACGACGACCGGAGUCCUCACACGAGCUUGACGGCGACCUCUGGUCAAGCUGCGCAGGAGCCGGAAGCUUUGCCGCGCUUCUCUGAGCUGCUCUCGCAAUUGGAUGUGGACGUAAUGGACACAGAACGGCAGAGGGCGCAGGCAGAAGCGGCCGCUUUUGAGGAGAGACAAAGGCAAGCCAGGCAUGAAGCCGCUCAGAAAGCUGCGGAGGAUGAAGUUCGGCGCGUCGAAGCCGCCCGUGAAGCGUGGGAGCGGCAUCGUAUGGCGGCUGAAGAGUCUGAGGAGCGCCGUCAAAGGGCAAAUCGCCAUGCUCUCGAGCUGGAGGAAAAAAUGCGAAAAAUGGUCGGGAAGCAAUCGUCCAAGCGGAGGAUGCAAAAGGAGGAGGAGCAGAGAAAGCGGCGAGAGGAGAAGGAUCGGCGGAAAGAGGAGAGGUUGCGCAUUGAAGCAGCAAAGAUGUCGGAAAAGAUUCGGCGAAUGGCAGAAAGUGGUUACGCUUUAGGCCCCAGUGGCUGGGUCAGACUAGAUUGGCUGUCAGCCGGUGGACAGGCAGAUGUGGGCACGCCUAAUUUUGAGGUAGUGAAGGGACCAACGGAAGAAGAGGAGAGUGAUGCUGCCGAAGAUCACGCAGCCGCCGACGCUCAUCAGGCAGACCCCUUCGAGGUCGUGGAUCAGAGGCCUGUGCCGGAGGCUGAACAGAAGCAGCCAGAGCCCGUCUCUGUCGAUGAUGUGCUCGCGGAUAUCGACAGACAGCAGCGGGAAGGCUGGGCAUCUGGAGCUGAGCCUGGGGACUUGGACACUGUGCUGGGAAUUCUGGCAGCCGAUGAAGAGCGAGAGCUGGCUGAAACGGAUGCCGUCCAAGUGAGGCAGAACUAUGAAGAACUGGGCGAAGUCGAAAACAUGGAGGACGAGCUGCCCCCUGAUGCAACGCAAUCAGCUACCAAAGUCUUGAGAGUGGCGAAGACCCGACGGCCCGACUGCAACUUCGGCAACACGAUCAAUUCUGAAAGUGCACUCAAGCCCUUCAAUGAUUUUGUGGAAGAGAAACAGGAGGGUGCGAACUCGUACGAGGAGCGGCAAGCCCGAUCUGCCGCCAUCCAAGCAAAGCUCCAGGCAGCUCGCAAUCGAUUGUCCCUGGUGCGCUACGAACGAAGUUCCACCGGCCCUGUCGUGCCCGCCACGUCCCAGACCGCACCAGCAGGUGCGGCAAGGAAGCCGCAAGAACAACCGAAGCCAAAAGCGAAGCAGAAGCCGACUCAGCUCCCACAAAGUCGUUUUGUGCUGGCCUUAUCCUGCAGCUCUCAUUCAUAG